AAGGAAGCUUUCUAAUCAAAAAAAUUUUGUAAUCGGUAUCAGUGAAAAAAAAUUUCGCCGAUUUAAAAUGUGAAUUGUUUCCGGCGUGAAUGAAAUUCGCAUAAAUUCAACGUCUUCGUCGUAAAAUCUCACAUCAAAGUAAGUCAUUCGUUCAAUCAUGGAGGCUUUCCGAUUACUGCUAAAACUACGCCCAGCCGCAUUGACGUACUCGCGAUGCUACAGUGUGUACAGUAAAAGCUACAUAGAACCAAUUUACCGGGAAGAAGAGCAGCAAAAAGUGAUCGAUACCGACGAAUACAAAGUUCUGAAAAUAUUACCCGUCAAGGCUGCUCGUUGCAACGAAACAUCGUCCGUUUUCCACGACAUAGUAAUAGCCAAAUUCGUCAACUACAUAAUGGAAUCAAACGGCCGAAAAAAAAUCGCUCGCGAAAACCUAGAAAGGGCUUUCGAAAAAAUAAAGAUGAUCCAAUUGGAACGGUUUCACAAAGCUAAAACACCCGAAGAGAAAGCUCAAAUCAUAACGGAUCCGCUGAGAUUGCUCAAAAUGGCUAUAAAGAAUUGCCGGCCUUUACUGAAACUAAACCCUAUCAGAAGAGGAGGUUCUACGUAUCAAGUUCCGAUGCCUAUCAGCGACGAAGAGUCGAUAUUCCGAGCUAUGCGAUGGAUGGCUUUAGCCAGCAGAGAGAAAGAAGGCCCGACUCAUUAUUACGAACAGUUAGCUCAGGAGAUCUUGGACGCUGCUUAUAAUAGAGGACGUGUUGUUAAACAGAAGCUAGAUUUACAUAAAACGUGCGAAGCGAACCGAGCUUACGCUCAUUUCAGAUGGACGUAAUGUAACCGUAGUGUUCUUUUGAUUAGUUUAUUAUGAUUACUUACCUGUGUUAAUUUUGUUAAUAAAAUCUGUAUUAUUGCGAA